CGAAAGAGUUUGUACGGUUGGCGACGGCCGUGGAAGGAGGAGAGGUGGAAGGAAAGGCUGCCGCUGCUACAGCGAUUUCUCACCGUCGAAGUAAAGGAAAAUGGACCCCUUCUCUUCAUCAUAUUCGUCCAGCGGUGGUGGGCCCUCGUCAUCCCCUCCAUCCACCGAAGCUCUAAUGGAUCAGGUCAAGAACCAGCUUGCUCAAGCUUAUGCUGAGGAAUUCCUCGAGACGGUAAGGGAGAAAUGCUUUGCAAAGUGCAUCACAAAGCCAGGGACAAGCUUGAGUGGGAGCGAGAGUAGUUGCAUCUCAAGAUGCGUGGAACGCUACGUUGAAGCCACUGGUAUCAUCAGCCGAGCACUUUUCAGUUCCCCGCGAUAAUUUCCAUCCAAUCAAUCAUUCAGAUCUGCUAAAGGUUUUGAGAAACUGCAGGUGAGGACGAGAUCAGGUAAUGGGUUUCGCCAUUAUCGACAUUUUCCGUUCAUCCUUUAUGAUGCAGUGACUCUGAUCUACUUUCGCAUCCCAGAGUAAAUUGUAGACUACAUUGAGUUAGUUUAGUACAUUUGGAUGGAUCAGUCAUAUGCAUUUGCCUCAUUGCAUGGUGCAUACUUCUUGAUUUUGAUCAAACAGAAGCAACAAUUUCUCAUUCUAAGACAAGCAGUGUAUGUUUAACGUCUUUUGACAACAUGCAUUGGCUACUAUUUUCCGCUGUUUUCUUAAUGUAUUUCCUUUUACAUUCAUAGUGGAAAUAUUUUUUGCAUGCCAAGGGAGAUUUCU